AUGGCAUUCGAGCAAUACAAUGUCAUGGUUCCAGGGCGUGUUCCUGCGGACCUUGCUUCACUCUCCACCAGCACCAACAACGCAGAAUCGGAAACCUCUAUGGAGCCUCCAGAGAAACGGAGAAAGAUAAUGAAAAACAUACCUCGUAUUGACCUCGAAUAUGCUGCGGACGUCUUACCCCGUUACGUGGCAAUCGGCAAAAUUGAGAUGUCACUUGAGUUUACCAAGCCACCUUUGCAUCCACCACUUAAUAACAAUCAUGCUAUCGAUGUGCCAGUACUUGCUUUGGUCAAAAACCCGCAUCAUACGAGGCCAGGGGUGAAUUUGGUUCUCUGGACGAACGAGCAGGAAAUUAUUUUAGAGGAAGCCGAAGGCCUUGACUCUCAGCCGGAGGAUACUUUUAUGGGAGCUCUCUGGACCUCUCUUUCAAACUCGACGUCAAUUUACUGCGCUCGCGGGAAGCUGCCGGCUGUGUUCUCUCAGACACAUCUUAAACGAGGUUCUGACCCCAACACACGGUUUUACAUCCUUGAGACGAGGAUACUAUGGAUAGACUCAACAGAGAUACGAUAUAUAAUACCCGACUUCGCCUUAAAAGCACUCUGGAAAUACUACAAAGCACAGCUUGGUUUUUCUGCAGACUCUAUAUACCCCCCUCACCCCCUCCCAAAACUUUACCCGCAAGUAGCACAACCUCAGUUAAGUCUAAGCGACUUUUACGACAGUGUUCAUGUCCCGCAAUCAUAUGUGCAUGUGCCAAUGAUUGAGAAAUUGGAUUUAAUCAAGUGUAACUUGUUUCCUUUUCAGCAAAGAACUGUUCGCUGGCUAUUAGAAAGAGAAGGCAUGGGUGUCUUGCCUGAUGGGACAUUACGCCAGCGACCACGCACGGAAGAAAUUCCUCUCUCAUUUACCAAGGCGGUAGAUGUGGAUGGCCAGCCAUGCUAUGUCAGCCUAUUAUUCAGGGUUGUCAUUAAAGAUCUGUCAUCUUGGAACCACGCGGAAAAAUACUUGAGAGGGGGGAUUUUGGCGGAAGAGAUGGGUUUGGGGAAGACUGUGGAAAUGCUAUCCUUGAUAUGUGCCCACAAGCGACCCGAGCGUACCAACGGGACGUACCCUCUAGUUCCCACCGGGCUAAUAGAAUCUCGAGCAACUUUGAUCAUCACACCCCCAUCGAUUCUAAAACAAUGGGAGCAGGAAAUCGCUAUUCAUGCCCCGGGCCUCCGUGUUAAACAUUAUACGGGGCUGAAAAAGAGCAAGGCAGAUGACCAGGAACUAACUCUCGAGUUAGCUUCCUAUGACAUAGUUCUGAUGACAUAUAUGGUUUUAAACACCGAAAUAUAUUACGCGGAGGACCCUCCCGAUCGGCCCUCCCGGAACAGGAAAAAGGCCCCCAUAAGGAAAUCCCCUUUGAUGCAAAUAUCCUGGUGGCGCGUAUGUAUCGAUGAAGCUCAGAUGGUUGAGUCACAGACUAGCAAACCCGCUCGGGUUGCUAGAAUCAUUCCGCGAUGGAAUGCAUGGGCCAUGACUGGUACUCCCUUGCGAAAAGAUAUCGAAGAUAUAUAUGGCCUUUUGUCAUUCUUACGCUAUGAACCAUUUUGCUUUUCGUUGAGUACCUGGAAGAGGGUCUGCACCUUUCCGCCGAUUUUUAAAUCGAUGAUUGGAAAGAUUGCCAUCAGACAUAACAAAGAUAUCGUAUCUCAUGAGCUUCGACUACCAAAACAGAAGCGAGUUGUCAUCACUGUCCCAUUUACAGCCGUGGAAGAGCAGCACUAUGACCAGCUUUUUCAACAAAUGUGUGAAGAGUGUGAUCUCGAUAGAUCUGGUGUUCCUAAGUCCUUCGAAUGGGAUCCUGAACUAAUGGAACCCCAGACGAGGGCUGUUAUUACGAAGAUGAGGUCGUGGUUAUCAAGGCUUCGUCAAGCCUGUCUUCACCCUGAAGUCGGCGUUGCUGCUGGUAAAGCGUUCGGGGUCGACAGACCACUCAGAUCUGUUGCUGAUGUACUUGCCGUGAUGAUUGACCAGAAUGAAACCCAGAUACGAACUGAGGAGCGUGCCCUACUACUUUGCCAGAUCCGUAGGGGCCAGAUAAUGGAAAAUGCCUUGAAACCAAAAGAAUCCUUAGAAAUUUGGAAAAAUGCUGCAGAGCGCUCAGGGAAAAUAGUGAAAGGCUGCAGGGAACAGCUUGACGAUGAGCUCAAAAGGAGAACCGAGAAAGCGAAGGAUGACUCCUCAAGCACAGCAAGUGAGGAUGAGGACGAGAAUGAUAACAGUGACGCGGAUGAACUGGAAAAUGAACAACACAACAGACUCGGAACUCUCCGACAUCGACUUCGGACGGCAUUAGAAGUUGAACACAUGUGUGAAUUCUUCAUGGCUAAUGCUUAUUAUCAGACUAAAACCAACCCGGAGCUUACUGAGGCAGAGUCUGAUGACUUCCGGGAAUUGGAUAGACUUGAAGAGAGCGGAUACGAAACUGCCAAAAAGAUCAGAAGAGAAAUGCUUGCAGAUACUAUCCAAAUGGUGAACGGCCAGAUCCAUCGCCUCCAAGCAAAAGUUGACAAGGAUGGAGUAUGUCAUGUUCCAGGAAUGUCCUCAAACCUAGAAUCCGUCGGUAUAGAGAGUCGACGCUUGCUGGAUCAAGUUGAAGAUUUCUGCGACGCCAUGAAGCCUCAUUCCGAUACGUUCAACGAGUGGCUCGACCAUAUGGCAAAAUUGCUUCUAAAGGCCUUGGUCGACGAAGAAGAAGGCACAGAGCUGAAAGGAGACGAAUAUGAAUCAUCCACCAAGCACCAGGAUGAAAUGUAUGUUUAUAUGGAAGGUCUUCGAGUGAUGUUUGCUCGACACUAUGCUGCUAUUACUGGCCAGGUAAAUAACUUGAUCACGCAUGAAGUUGGCGUGGCGCUUGAAAGAGCUAAACUGGGCGAAGGACCGGCUCCAGAGCUUUAUAUCUCGCUGAUCAACAAAUGCGAGGAACUUAAACUUCCUCGUGGGCAAAUGUCUCUACGAGGACUUGUGAAUGAGCUUCGCAAUCUUGUGGUAUCGUUGGAACGGCAAGAGAUACAUGGGAGCUCAAGAGCCCGCGCGGAGCAUUCUAUCGUUAGCGAUAUCCUCCGUGCAGUCAGCAAAAUGUUUUCCACCCAGUCCAAAGCAAUCCCACCCCUGGAAAAGCAAAUGGAUCUUUUCAGGACUGUUAUGAAUAAAAGGCUUGAAUAUUACCGCCAACUACAGCAGAUUUCUGACACUGUUGCGCCGUAUGACGAGGAGCAUAGGGGCCAGCCUCUUCGUCGUGUAGAGUUUGAUGCAAAGCUGCGAAAUGAACAGAAAAUUGACGCCAAGAUAUCUACUUUGAAGGCCAAACACCGCGACUUUCACGAGAUCACAUAUAAACCGCAGGAAAUUAUCGCUCAGGAGGAAAAUGCACCCAGCACUGAACCGGGCCACGCGACUAAGAACCCGAUAUACUCUGACAUUAGUUCGAGAGUAUUAGAAGAGAUCCAGAAUAUUGAUAUCUCCGGAUCUUACGGAACGAAGAUCGAUACCCUCUCACGGCAUUUGCUAUGGCUUCGUCAACAUGAUCCUGGUGCUAAAUCCAUCGUUUUCUCCCAAAGCAAACAGUUUUUCAUUGAUAGUCCUUCGGGCAUUGAGCGGUUUAAGGAGGAUCAUACGAAAGAAUGCUUCCUCCUUCAUGCGAAAGCACACGCCUCCGGCCUCAACCUCGUUAAUGCAACUCAUGUCUUUCUUUGCGAGCCAUUGAUCAACACCGCCAUCGAACUUCAAGCCAUUGCUCGAGUCCAUCGUAUUGGGCAACAUCAAGACACGACAGUGUGGAUGUACCUGGUUGCUAACACUGUAGAGGAAGCAAUUUACCAAACUUCUGUCACUCGCCGCCUCGCACAUAUUGCUCGUAGACGUCAAGAGCGCUUAAAGAAGAAGGGUAGUCGACACUUCCUCACUUCCUCAAGCCAUCUUUCUGAAGACCACCAAAACUUCGACGACUACCACGACCUAGGUAUAGACGGAGAUGCUGAUGUCAAUGGUGAUACUGCCAGUUCUCUUAUAAAUUUACGCCAUCUAGAUGAGAAUGUCCUCGAGUCUGCAAACUCCCACGAGAUGGAAGAUGUUACUCCCGGAAAUUUACUUUCUGGGCCUGGAGCAGAUGGUGAGAGGGUGGGAGAUUCAGAUAUAUGGCAGUGUUUGUUUGGCAACCAGAGAAGGAAAGGCACUGCCGCUAACGAGGUCGUGGAUGCGGAAGCAAUCGAAGCCGUCGAGAAUGAUGUUGGCCGUGCUCUAAGGGCCAAUGCGGCUGAUACAAGGCGACGAAACGGCCAACUGCAGUAA